UAUUUUUAUUAAUAGCCCUUCAUUUUUCUUUUCCGUUUUCAAUUUCAUUCUUCAUUUUUUCUGUAUUAUCUUUGAUCCUUUCGGCCUUGUCCCGAUGAGCAAUGUUUACGUAUCUUUUGAGGAUCAGAAAAGAGAGGAUGCGGAGCUCAACCUCAAGGCAAUGGGCACGCAAUUGGGGAUCAAUCUUGGUAUAUCCAUUGUUGUUCUAGCUGGUUUCAGCUGGCUCAGACCACGGCAUUCCUUGGUCUAUGCACCCAAAUCCAAGUUUGCAACACCAGACAAACAACCGCCUGUCAUUACGCCGGGGUGGUUCGCUUGGAUAAAAUUGGUGUACUCGGCAACGGACGAUUUCUUGAUGGAUCGCAUCGGCUACGAUGCGGUGCUCUUCUUACGCACGAUUCGUCUCUUCAAGAACCUUUUAUUGAUCAUGUCACUCCUCGGUAUAUGUGUCCUCAUACCAAUCAAUAUUGUCGCUACACGAUUUACAGGCGAUUGGCCGCCACCGCCGGGGCUUGACUUUCUUUCUAUUUCAGGCAUCAACUACCUUCAUGGAAAGUUACGACCAGAUCCCGAUAUCCGAUGGUAUUGGUCACCAUUUGCAGCCACGUGGAUAUUUUCCAUCCUCAUCAUUUAUUGUACAUACCGCGCUUCGAAUGACUAUGUCCGCAUGCGUCAACGAUUCUUUCAACAAUCCAAGAGCGACAACACACUUCUCAUUAGCGGGGUUCCAACCCCGAUGCGCUCGGACGAAAAGCUUAAAACGUGGCUCCAGUCAUUUAACGUGAUCCAGUACCCUAUUCAGCAGGCUCUGAUAGGUCAUCACAGCUCCAAAUUGAUCAAGUUAAUCAAAGAACACGAAGAAGCCGUACAUCAUUUGGAAAACGCAUUGGCUUCCUAUCUAAAUGACGGUAAGCAUAUUUCUCAAAAACGACCGAGCGUAAAAGUUGGCGGCUGGUUAGGCUGUGGUGGCCGGAAAGUCGAUGCCAUUGAGUACUAUACGAAGCAAGUCAGUGACCUGGAUCAGGAAAUCAAGCAGUCACGGCAUGAAGUGAAAAAGGUAGCUCCGUAUGGCUGGAUAGCUUUUGACCAACCUUCGUGGGCUCAUAAUGCCAAUCAUGCACUUCAAAUGUUGGCACGACGUUUGCGCAAAUCAGAAGAGGCAUUGAACAUGGAUGUCCGUAUUUCGCCUCCACCGAAUGAUCUGAUAUGGUCCAAUUUACAAAUGGAUCAUCGAACACGACAUAUCAGGCGAUGGGUGGGCCGAGCCAUUUAUUGGGGCUUCACAUUGGCUUGGUUUAUACCUAUAGGUGCUUUGUCAGCGACCUCCAACGUUAUCAAUAUCAUCCGCCUGCUGCCCAACUCUCAAGAAUUCAUUGACAAUCAUGAACUGCUCAUGGGUGUUAUUCAAGCAUGGUUCACACCGAUUGUCAUGGCCGCGUUUUUCUUCCUGGUGCCCCUCUUUUUUCGCUACCUGUCCCAGCAGCAAGGCUACCGUGCCGAAACCACCUUGGACCGAAAAGUGUUUCUCAAACUGUAUACAUUUUUCAUCGUCAACAACCUGUUGGUAUUCACCUUGAUAUCGAUCUUUAUCGGUAUCUAUGGUCAGCUCGGCGCUCUCGCACAUGCAGGAUCGAUCAGUAACCAAGAACCCAUUUCUGAAUACCUUUUACAAUUGGCCAAGAACAUUGCCGACGUAUCAACCUUUUGGAUCAAUUAUGUAUGCAUUAAAGCGUUGGGCAUCACUAUGGAAUUGGCUCAGUUACUACCUUUUAUUAUCAUCACCUUGCGCAAAUGGAUCACACGACCUAGCCCUCGUCAAUUGCGCGAAUUUGCUCAACCGCCCAAUUUUGAUUACCCUCAAAACUACAAUCUAUUACUGUUCUUUUUCACCAUCGGUCUUGUGUACUCUGCCAUUGCUCCACUUGUUCUUCCUUUUGCGCUUUUGUACUUUGUCACCGCCACAGUCGUCUACAAGUACAUGCUCAUGUACAUUUUCGUCACCAAGAUCGAAAGCGGAGGCAAGAUGUGGCCGGCUAUAUUCCAGACCAUGAUGAUUUCCACCAUCCUGUUCCAGGUGAUCAUGAUCAUCAUUCUCAAACUCAAAGGCGGCGACCUUCAAUGCUAUAUCCUGAUUCCUCUUCCCGUCUUGACCGUGGUGUAUCAGUAUUUCUUGUACCGACGCAUGCACGUGCUGGGUUCGUUUUCGAGCGGUUCAGCGAUAACGGAGUCUCAGUUGGCGGUCAUGGAGGAAAUGGUUCCUGUGAAGAAGAAAACCACACAUCACUCCUUGGCGCAGCAAUUCCGUGAUCCAAUGCUUCACAACACUUUGUCGACUCCGAUGAUUCAUGACGAUGUGAAGCAUCUUUUACCCAAAGUAUAUCACCACAGGUUUAGCACCCAACAACAGAUCGAAAUGGAAGAUACCAAAGGAAACCUUGGCACGGUCCAACCAUUCCAGGGCCAACGAGACAAAAAUGCACACAGACUAACAGUAAUGCAAUUGGAUGGAGGUGGUGCUAUUCAAUUCAAUACAGUCACCGAGAACCAAGUACUGGAGCCUGAAGAAGAAGAAGAAGAUCGUCUCUCCGAAGCAUCUUUAGCCCGCGAAUCGUUGUCUCCGAACCCAUUUUCGUCGCAAAAAUCGCUAGCACACUCCUCUUUGUUCCAGGAAUCGUUAUCGCACAACGCCACUGAUGACGAAUUCCGCGGUCUGGUCGUCAAUGAUCAUGCCGAGAGUUACUGGCAACAACAGCAAAAGCGAGAUACCUACGAAACCAGCGUGAAGGAGCGAUAUUCCAAAUAUUUGGAAUCAGAAGAGGAGGAGAUAGCCUCCAUUCACGAAGCAACCGUUGGCCGACGAAAAACCGUCGAUACCAUGCCUAUUUUGCUGAGCGAAGGGUUGCAAAGUCUGGUGGCGCCCGCUGGUACAGUUGGACCUGCGCGUCAUACCGGGGAACAGCAACCACGGACAAUCACGUCCGAGCUUGUGGAUAUCUAUGAAUCUUGGAUACCCGAGGAAGUAUCAGAAAAAAGUGAAUGGAGUGAUUGCGAUUCCGAAGAUAUUCAACCAUUGUCUUUGCACGAGUUUGGUGCCACCAUCGAUCCUAUCGCCAUUGCCAAACGGCAAUCGGCACCGCUCCUCGUGCAAACAUGGACUCAACCAACAGAAACCGAAGAACCUGCAACGGAGCAUGAUAUUCCUACGAUCCGACGAUCCCGAUCUUUGCCAAAUUUGCAGGUUCACGCUGAACCAACCUUAUUAUCUGACAGCACACCGCCCCCAGUGGCACUGCAGCGACAAGUUUCAGCUCCCGUACAACGCAUUGCGCAUCGCAAAAAACGCCCUGCCAGUCCGUUAUAUACCCCACUGCAACGCAGUAAAUCAGCCACAGCUCGUUAUGGACAUGGUAGAAAAGACGAAAUAGCCCGAAAUAGCGCUCUGGAGGAAGAUGUGUUCAAAGCCGUGCCCACAUCACUGCAGAGAAGUAGAACUUUACCCAAUAGGACACAGCAAAGACGGCCUUCGUCGUUGUCCUCCCAGACUCAACUGCAUCGCAGUCGCACGGUUGCUUCUUCACAUACUCAUCGUGAAUCCAAUUAUCGUAUCACUUACUAUGACGAAUUACUGGACGAUCCGCAUACCGAUUCGGAUAGAGAUACAUUGACAGAUAUCAGCUCAAUAGUCAAUACCACAACACCCAAUCCCGAGGACGAUCCUUUUCGCGGCUAACGAACUGUAAUUUUUGGCAUCAAAUUACCUAUCGCAUUACUAUAGAUAUAUAAAACUUAUUUAUCGUAAUUUUUCAAUUGUCGGGUAGCCUCCAAAACCGGUUCUUCAAACAAAAAAGGUACUUUGAUGGGGUCGCUAAACUUGAUAUUAUCUUAUUUACGAUAAAAGUCGGUUGCG